AUGGCGCCAUUGCCUGAAGAGCACACUGACCCAAUAUCUGAAAACCCCAAGACCUCUCCCGAAGCGGUGGUAAUUUCUGGUAUAUCAGGCCUGCUGCCAGACUGCAAUAGUUACGCUGAAUUCGCCGAUAAGAUCUCCAAAAAUCAAAAUCUGGUGAAUGCCAGCCCGCGCUGGAAGGACUACAAGUAUCCCGAACUACCUGACAAGUACGGGAGAAUUACCGGGCUGGACAGAUUCGACGCUCAGUUCUUCACUGUGUUUUACAAUCUGGCCCAGUCCCUUGACCCAAUAGCUAAAAAGAUUAUCGAACACACUUAUCAAGCAAUAUACGACGCAGGGGUCAACCCGAUUGAAUUGUGGGGGAAAAAUGUCGCAGUUUUCAUAAGUUAUGGAUAUUGCGAGUCUGAGAAAAUGAACUACAGUCCAGAUAUGCAGUACGCAAUUCUAGGUUGCUGUAAAUCGAUGACAGCCAAUCGGAUAUCAUACUGGUUGAACCUAAAAGGACCCUCGAUCUUUAUGGACGCUUCCUCCUGUGGCACUCUCUUGGCUCUGGAGAAAGCUAGGGAAGCUAUCGUUGCAGGCUACUGCGAAGCAGCUAUAGUUGGUCUUGGAAAAAUAGUUUUGCAUCCUCAAACACCAAUCAGCCACAGAAUGAUGCCUCUAAACUUAGAUGGUAAAACCAAAUGCUAUGACGAUGCAGCUGAUGGCCCUUCAAUGUCAGAAGCUAUUAGCGUAUUUUUCCUGCAGAAACACAAGGAUGCAAAGAGAGCAUAUGUUGAGCUACACCAUGUGAAAGCUCAUUUUGGAGUAGCAAAUAAGAAUGUUCUACUGGAAAAGUGUGAAAUUCUGCAAGACAAAGAACAGCUUACAAAGUUUUUGCAGCAUUUUUAUGAUGAGGCAAGAGUAUCACCGGCAGACGUUGGGUACAUCGAAGGAUUUGGAUUAGCUUGUCCGAAAAUGGAUAAGAUUGAACUUCAAGCGAUGGAAAAUGUUUUCUGCAAAGACCGCGUCGAUCCUUUGCUCGUUGGAAGCGUGAGUUCCAACGUGGGCUAUACAGAGAGCGCUGCUAGCGCCUGCGCAAUAUUUAAACUUAUUUCUGCUUAUCAAAGCGGAGAAUUACCCGCAACAAUAAACUGUAGCAAACCGAGAAGUGACAUAGCAUCCUUACAUGACGGACGUAUGAGAAUGGUUACGGAGAAUACAAGAUUCAAUAAAACAACAUAUACGGCAGUUAAUGCGUUUACAUAUACAGGAAUCAACGGACAUGCACUUCUUAAAAGCUGCUAUAAACCAAAGGAUCUCUUUAAGUAUCGUACAGAGAUCCCGUACUUAGUGGCUGUAUCAGGUCGCCAUGAAGCCGCUGUGGAGAAGAUACUAGAUGACAUCAAAGCACGUCCAUUAGAUCCCGAGGAGAUAGCGUUACUCCACAAUAUACAUAAAAUGCGUAUUUCAAAACAUUUGGUUCGAGGUAUAGGUAUAUAUUCAACUAAAAACAACAACACCGUAAGACAUAAUGUGAAGGUGGACUACCACGAUAAUAUCCCAAGACCCCUGUGGUUUGUGUACAGUGGCAUGGGGUCGCAGUGGAUCGGGAUGGGUCGUGAUCUCAUGCGGAUUCCAAUAUUUAACCAGGCCAUUCAAAGAUGCCACGUAAUUCUGGAACCGAAGGGUAUAGAUCUAAAGCAUAUUAUAACAACUGAUGACAAGUGUAUAUUUGAUAACAUCCUGAAUUGCUUCGUUGGCAUAGCGGCUAUACAGAUCGGGCUUACUAAUGUACUAACCGCGGUCGGAAUGGUGCCAGAUAAUAUUAUUGGGCAUAGCGUCGGCGAGUUAGGUUGUGCAUAUGCCGAUGGCUGCUUCACAGAUGAGCAGAUGUUGUUGUUGGCUUACAAUCGUGGUCUCGUUUCUAUACAAACACCCUUCAUCCGUGGCUCCAUGGCGGCCAUAGGCAUGGGAUAUAAAGCCCUGUCCCAGAUCUGUCCACAGGAAAUUGAAGUGGUUUGUCAUAACAGUGCAAGUUCGAGUACCAUAUCAGGACCCGAAGAGUCAGUGAAAGCAUUUGUAAAAGUUCUAGCAAAAAGAGGUGUAUUUGCCAAAGAGGUGCAAUGCUCUAAUAUACCUUACCAUUCGCGGUACAUUGCUGGUGCAGGUCCUGAAUUCCUUAAGAUGUCUCAAGAAGUAGUGAAAGAGUCAAAGUUAAGAAGCUCGAAAUGGCUGUCUUCUUCUGUACCGCCAGAGCAGUGGGGUGAUCCUCGCGCUAAAUAUUCUUCAGCUCAAUAUCACACGAACAAUUUACUGAAUAAAGUACUAUUUGAAGAAGUACUGCAUCAUGUUCCAAGUAACGCUGUGCUGGUAGAGAUAGCUCCACAUGGCCUUUUACAAGCUAUCUUGAAGAGAGCUCUUUCUGAAAAUUGUAAGCAUGUACCUCUGACACGACGUGGCGAGAAAGAUGCUGUGAUCUUCUUAUUGAACGCCUUAGGGAAUCUCUACAUAGAAGGUUACGAUAUAGAUAUCAGCGCUCUGUAUCCGAAAAUUGAGUUUCCAGUGUCAACAAAGACUCGGCCACUAUCACAUUUGGUGGAAUGGGCACAUGGAGAAAAAUGGAAAAUUUGUGAAUACCUCAAUGGGGAUCGAACUUACUGCUCCGUAUUGAAACUACUGGUAGCCAUGGAAGAUGACGAGUACAAGUAUAUUAAUGGACAUUUUUGUGAUGGUGUUAGAGUAUUUCCAUACGCUGCAGCAUUAGUAGCAGUGUGGGACACUAUUGCCAUGACAGCAGGUCACAAGAAACGCGAAAUUUCUAUACGGUUUUCCGACGUGAAGUUCUACUCGCAACCUCCAGUGCAUGACCAUCAAGUGUUGUAUCUGACAAUCACAGUCCAGAGAGGCAGUGGACGUUUUGAGGUGGCUUGUGAUAAAGGAAUAAUUAUCGAAGGAUCAGCUAUUAUAAUAGCAGGCAGACGAUUUGCUAUGGAACAAGAUAAUCAUAUUGUUGAUAAUUAUGAUAAUGAAAAUUUGACGAAAGAUGAUAUUUAUAAAAUAUUUUAUGAAAAAGGAUUUGAUUACAAAGAUGAGUUCCGAAGUCUUCACACUGUCAGUACAUCCAUGACUCAAGGACAAGUCCAGUGGCGAGAUAACUGGGUGACUUUCAUAGAUGGAGUAUUUCAGACUUCCAUCUUGAGAAAUUUCCUAGGCCAGACCGGCAACGAAAUAAGCUUCAUCAAGAAAAUUGUUGUGGACAUUAAAGUGCACAUAAGCGAGAUGAUACAUUUCUGUCGCGAUGACAUGUUUUUAUUUAGUUACUCAGAUGUUCAUAAGAGGACCAGGUGUGGUGGUGUCACUAUUGAGCAUAUUUUUUUCAAAUCUAAACCACUACGUAUACGUCAAGUAACUGCAUUACAAUCACAAAAGUUCCAGUCCUUCUUUCAAAGUGACAUAAACGAUAUUGGAUUGUCCAUCUAUAUUGUAUUGCAAAUAAUAGCGGAAUAUCUCAAUAAAAAUAAAUUGACAUUGUACAUAGUCAAUAUUCCAAAUAGGCGCAAUUUCGUCACUAAAAUUAUGUCAAUAUUAGAGAAUCAAGCAAUAAUAAGAAUCGAAGCUAUACAAAUUGACUUUGAACAUCUUUUACAAUCUAUAAAUGUAAUUGAAAAAUAUGAUGUAAUAAUACUACCUUAUUUACUAAAAGAUAAAAAGGUUUUUGAAGCUCUUUACCAACAUACAAAAGCUAAUACUUGCAUACUUAACAUAGGGGUAGAAACAAAAAAUAUUUACCCUACAGCGCUAUAUAGUUCUAUCUCAUCUUUCGGCACUGGACAAAACAAAGUAGAAUUUGCUAUACUCAAACCAAUUCCAAGAGCACCUCACACUACUGCAAUUUCAGUAUCAACAAACACCGAUGUUCAUCAUAUAAGUGAAGUGUUAAGAGACUUGCCCAAACAACAUAAGUUACUGGUUAUGUCUUCAUACCCUGCCCCUUAUGCUGUGAAGGAUAUUGUGAAGCAUUGGAGAGACUAUAAUAAGAAUAUAUCUUUGAUGAUGUUUGACCAAAAAGAUUCUUUCGAUAAAGAGUUAGAUAACAUUCCUGAUGUGCCAUAUUGCGCUUUACAAAAUAAUGUAUGGGGAAAUGAUUAUUAUGUGCCAACGAUAUGUGAAAGCAAAGCAGCUACAUGUGAACUAAAAUGUUCUCAACCUGGUAAUAUAGAUUCACUAAGGUGGGUCGAAGUUCAAGACCCGUCAGGAUCAGGAGUAGAAGUAACUGUUCACUACGUUGGCCUCAAUGUUAAAGAUGCAAAGGCAGUGACGGGAGAGAACAUAAAUUAUUCUGAAAACGAUGGUUUUGGUAUGGAUUUCAGCGGAAUAACAGACAGAGGUGAUCGUGUGAUGGGUUUAGUAGCCGGUAGGUCUGCAAGCAGCAAGUUGCGAGCUCGUCCUGAGCUCUUAUGGCCAGUGCCAGAACAUUGGAACCUGGAGGACGCAGCCACAGUGCCUUUGGCAUACGCUCAUGCAUUUUACUGUCUGAACAUAAAAUUCGAGCUUAAAAAAGGUAUGUCGAUCCUCGUGCAUGGCGGAACAGGAGCUAUGGGCCAGGCCAUUAUAUCCAUCGCCCUUGCACAUGAUUGUAGAGUAUUCACUACAGUCAGCGAUCUAAGCAAAAAACGCUUUCUCAAGAAACUCUUUCCUGACUUGAGAGAUGACCACAUAGGAAAUUCCAGAGAUGGUACUUUUGCGGAUAUGAUUAAGAAACAUUUGAAACAAAAUAAUUAUGAUGGAGGCUGCGAUCUAGUUUGUGGUUACAUCAAAGGGGAGUUGAAAGAUAUUUCCCUUAGCUGCUGUGGCUGCUCAGGAUACACAGUUGAUAUAACACAGUUAGUAGAACCGCAAAAUUUUUCAUUUGGAAUGAGUCACAUGUUCUUCUCGCGUUCGUACUCUGUAACGGACUUUUCUUCCAUCUUUAGAGAAAAUAACUUGUUAGAGAUGAGAAAACUUCAAUUGUUGAUGAGUGAAGGUAUUAGGCGAGGCUACGUCCGACCUUUGUCGCGAGUCACAUAUGAGCCUCAUGAGACGCCACGUGCUUUCCGUUUGCUAGCGGGAAGUCGACACCGUGGUCGUGUGCUUCUGAGACUUCCACAGGCCCCUAUACUAGUGAAAUCAAGGUUAUCAUGCACACCUAAUCGAAGCCACUUAGUAGUAUGUGACAGUGACUUUGGGCUACAAGUAGCCGAUACUCUGGUGAACCACGGCGCUACAAAACUCUAUUUGCAUUGUCUGGAAUCACCUUACGUAAAACACAAAAUAGAAAAUUGGAAACAAAAAGGCGUUGUUGUAGAGGUAUCUUCAAAAUCUAUUAAAUGUAAAGAAGACGCCGUGAAUUUGUUAAGAAGUUGUUCAAGAUCAGAUGAUAUAGAAGGUGUUUAUGUGGUUACGAUAAAUCAAUGCAACAAGUAUGAUAUCAAUACUUUAGUAACUAACUUAGACUUAGCAACGAGGAAACUAUGCUCCGACCUAAGGUACUUUGCAGUGAUAAGCGAAGAUGACAAACUAUGGAAGGAUAUCAUCAUUCGCAGAGCAAGAGACGGUCUACCAUCGCUGUCAUUGCGAUUGAUGAAUCUGCAACAGUACAAUAAUCGACGUAACUCGGCUGAAAAUUUGGAUGAAAACUUACUGUGGCAGAAUGCUGCAGAGGCGGUAGAAAUAGCAUUGACCAGUGACGACGCUGUAGUUAUAGCAUAUGCAAAACCAAUAGCCUCACAGAGUAUUCUAAAAGAAGUAGCUAAGAUACCAGGAGUAAAUAUAACUAAUGCGACGAUGAGUCGAACCACCUUGGAGCAAAUUGGUAUUGAUCAUGGUCGCGCUCAAGAAGUGUGCAACAUUAUACAGCAAAAGUUCAACAUAACUAUUUCGAAAGAUGUUGUUCCCAGAAUGACGAUAGCUGAAUUAGAGAAUAUCCAAGGACAGUAUAUAGAUAUCGAAAAAGAUGCCGAAGGAUUUGCCGCAUACUUUACUAACUUUGAUUCAGACGUUAUGCAAGCUACUUGUGAACUGGUCAUCAUGCGUACUCUUGUACAUAGAAACGAACUGCGUGUAGAUGAGUUCGACGUGGAACAUGACUACCUGUGCGUGAUCCCUGGCUUAGAAGGGCAUUAUAGCAGAUUCAGCACUCUUUGCGAGCGACUCAAGAUACCUGCAGUUGUACUACAACCCAAUCACGCUGACAUGACUUUGGAGGAAAUUACACAAAAGUUUGCAAAUACAAUAAUUCAGAAACUAACUCCAAAAAGAUCUUUCUACCUACUCGGCUACGAUUUUGGUAUUCUUGUCGCCUUGGAAAUAGCUUCCAUUCUCGAAACUAAAGGUCUGACUGGAACAGUGUUCAUGCUCGGAGGGACCCCACUUGACAUCUCGAAAUCAUUCAACAAUCGCUUCAAGAACACAUCUCCUGAGGAUCAACAAAACACUCUCAUCAAACACAUGUAUAAAAUGAUUACUUCGAAAAAUGAAAUUGAAAUAGAAAACGAGCUUGUAACUUAUAAUAACUGGAAUGACAAAGUAGAAUGUCUUGUCAAGAAAUUACCUUACGAUUCCCAGUACACUAGAAGUUUGAUCCAAGGAGCAUACGCCAGAAUAAAGAUACUUCAAAAGUACAAUUUUAAACAGCACAAAUUACGUUCGCAACUUAUCCUCAUUCGUGCUAAGCUUCCCAUUCCCGACGUUGAUACUUUAGAAAGUUUUCCUAAAGAGAUGAAGGUACACAAUAUACGUGCUGUCCUAGCACAUGCGGAUAAAGAUCUGGCUUGCUCUAACAUCGUCAACAAAUAUCUGGAUAAGAAUAUCAUAGAGGCUUAUGAGAACAGCAACCAAUGUGAUACAGUACUGAAAACUGAUGCAUUCAUUAAAUUCAUGGCAUCAGACUCGGAGUAG